UUCAGGAAAUUAGAUUUUUCGGACUCGGCUUAACGAGGUUUCACCUGUGGAUUGUAUGGGGGGACGAACAAGCCGGGCAGAGUUAACAUCACGCAGGUGGAACCACUGCAGCGGGACAGGGCGAGAUCAGCUAAGGCUUGUACAGCAACUCACACUAUGACUAAUGAAACUGAAGAGCCCCUAACCAUGGACGUCCAAAAUGAGGAAGUUGUGCACUCGACACGCCCUGAGCUCCUAAACCAUGGCUUCAUGAGGGUCUUAAGGCGUCCGGCUCAGUGGCUGAUCAUCUUUGCUCUUCUGAUCUCCUGGUCAGCGGCUGGAGUUUUUAUGUUUGACUUUGUGAGUGACGACCAGCUGACACAUUUACAACACAUAAGUUCGGAUCCCAUGACAGCAGUGAAUGAAGCUGUUGAGGGAUUUACAGACAUUUUUCAUAAUGCACACGAGUACGCUCCCGCUGUAAUCACUGAUCCGGUGGCUGUCGCUAACCAGUGGGCCGAAGCCUCCACGUCGUUUCUGUUAGGAAUACAUGCAGAAAGUGAAGAAGUCACUUCUUUCCUUAAACCCGGCAGUGAUGCAUUAAAUGAAAUGAAUGAUUGGAGCAGAAGCCUGGCUGAAUAUUUAUUCCACAUGUUUGAAGACUUUCUGGAUAAAGUAAUCCUCAAUCCUCUGGAACGGGUCGCUGAAGGAGCUGGAAAUAUUUCAGACAUGAUCAAGGCCAUCCUGAGUGCUUUCACAGGAAUGUUUAAAGGCAUAGAAGUCUGGAUUCCUAAAACGAGCACAAGUCCAAUGGACUUGGCCACCGAUGUUCUUGAAGGAGCACAAAACCUCAAAAACAACAUCGUCACCCACGUGUCCAACCUGUUCUCUGGGGACGAAGGUGGUGUUUCUGAUAUUCACUUUGAUCCCAUGAAAGUUGUCACAGACACUGUUGAGGAAUUCUCUGACAGGAGGGACAUGUUUUUAUCGUACCUCUCUAAUGUCUUAAUGGAGGAUAAAGAUGAGACACCGCAUGUGAUCAGGAGAAAAGGAGAAUUCCUGCCUCCUAAGGAAAAAGUUCUGGAGCAAGAAAGAAUAGCCACAGAGAAAAAAGUUCGGGAGGAAGUUGACAAGGUCAUUCAAGAAAUACGGGCUGAAAAGGUUGCAGAAGAAGCUGAGAAAAAAGUUGAAAAAGAAAAGGAAAAAGAGAAGCAGAAAAGAGAAGAGAUGAUGAAAGAAAAGGCAAAACCGAAAGAAAAGCCUAAAGAGGAUGUAAGCAAGAUUGCAAAAACUACAGGCGACAUCGUGUUUGUGUCCAUUACAGAGGCUGAAGAAGAGAAAGCUAAGAAAACUCUUGUUAAGAAAGAACAUGAAGCUGCUCCAAAAGUGAAGGCAAAACUAGAACCUACUCCAAAAGAGGAGGGAAAACCUGAAGCUGUUCCAAAAGAGAAGGCCAAGCCAAAAACUGUUUUAAAAGAGUCAAAACCUGAACCUGCUCCAGUAAAGAAAGUAGAACCUGAAACAAUUCUAAAAGAGAAAGAUAAACCUAAACCUUUCCCAAAAGAGAAAGUAAUACCAGAACAAUCUCCAAAAAAGGAGGUAAAACCUGAAGCUUCUCCAAAAGAAAGUGCCAAACUUGAACCUGUUCCAAAAGAAAAGGUCAAGGCAGAAAUUGCUCAAAAACACGAACCUACUCCACAAGAAAAGGAAAAACCUAAACCUGUUCCAAAAGAAAAGGUAAAACAAGAGCCUUCUCUGAAAAAAGAGACAAAACUUGAAACUGUCCAAAAGGAGAAGGCUGAGGCAGAAAUUGCACCAAAAGAGAAGGCAAAACCUAAACCUGCUCCACAAGAGAAGGCAAAACCUGAACCUGCUUCACUACAGAAGGCAAAAACUCAACCUGGUCCAAAAGAUAAGUUAAAACCUGAAACUAUCCCAAAAGAAAGGGCCAAGCUUGAACCUGUUCCAAAGGAAAAGGUAAAGCCAGAGUCUUUGCCAAAAGAAAAAGCAAAACCUAAACCUACUCGAAAAGAAGGGAAAAAACCUGAACUGGCUCCAAAAGAGAAGGCAAAACCAGAAUACGUUCCCAAAGACAAGGCAAAGCCAGAACCUGUUCUUAAAGAGAAGGCAAAACCAAAACCUGUUCCCAAAGAGAAGGCAAAACCAGAACCUGUUUUAAAAGAAAAAGCAAAACCAGAACCUGUUUUCAAAGAGAAGGCAAAACUUGAGCCUGCUGCAAAAGAGAGAGCAAGGCCAGAACCUGUUCCCAAAGAGAAGGCAAAACCAGAACCUGUUCCCAAAGAGAAGGCAAAACCAGAACCUGCUCCAAAAGAGAAGGCAAAACCAGAACCUGUUUUAAAAGAAAAGGCAAAACCAGAACCUGUUUUAAAAGAAAAGGCAAAACCAGAACCUGUUCAAAAAGAAAAAGCAAAACCUGGGCCUGUUCUUAAAGAAAAGGCAAAACCAGAACUUGUUCCCAAAGAGAAGCUAAAACCAGAAUCUGUUCCCAAAGAGAAGGCAAAACCAGAAUCUGUUCCCAGAGAGAAGGUAAUAACUGAGCAUUCCCCAAAAAAGAAGGCAACACCAGAACCUGUUCCAAGAAAGAAGGCAACACCAGAACCUGUUCGAAAAGAGAAGCCAAAACUUGAGCCUGCUCCUAAGGUAAAACCAGAACCUGUUUCCCAAGAAAAGGCAAAAGUAGAACCUCUUUCAAAAGGAAAGGCAAAACCAGAAUAUGUUCCCGAAGACAAGGCUAAACCUGAGCCGGCUUCAAAGGACGAGGCAAAACCAGAACCUGUUUCAAAACAGAAGGCAAAACCAGAACCUGUUUCAAAAGAGAAAGCUAAACUUGAGCCUGCUCCAAAAGAGAAGGCAAAACCUGAGCCUGCUCCAAAAGAGGGGGCAAAACCAGAACCUGUUCCCAAAGAGAAGGCAACACCAGAACCUGUUCCAAAAGAGAAGGCAACACCUGAGCCUGCGCCAAAAGAAAAGGCAACACCUGAGCCUGCUGCUAAGGUAAAAACAAAACCUAUUCCCGAAGAAAAGGCAAAAGCAGAACCUCUUCCAAAAGGGAAGACAAAACCAGAAUCUGUUCCCAAAGACAAGGCUAAACCUGAGCCUGUUCCAAAAGAGAAGGCAAAACCAGAACCUGUUUCAAAACAGAAGGCAAAACCAGAACCUGUUUCAAAAGAGAAAGCUAAACUUGAGCCUGCUCCGAAAGAGAAGGCGAAACCUGAGCCUGCUCCAAAAGAGGAGGAAAAACCAGAACCUAUUCCCAAAGAGAAGGCAAAACCAGAACCUGUUUCAAAAGAGAAAGCUAAAUCUGAGCCUGCACCAAAAGAAAAGGCAAAACCUGAGCCUGCUGCUAAGGUAAAAACAGAACCUGUUCCCGAAGAAAAGGCAAAAGCAGAACCUCUUCCAAAAGGGAAGACAAAACCAGAAUCUGUUCCCAAAGACAAGGCUAAACCUGAGCCUGCUCCAAAAGAGGAGGCAAAACCAGAACCUGUUUCCAAAGAGAAGGCAAAACCAGAACCUGUUUCAAAAGAGAAAGCUAAACUUGAGCCUGCUCCGAAAGAGAAGGCGAAACCUGAGUCUGCUCCAAAAGAGGAGGCAAAACCAGAACCUAUUCCCAAAGAGAAGGCAAAACCAGAACCUGUUUCAAAAGAGAAAGCUAAACCUGAGCCUGCGCCAAAAGAAAAGGCAAAACCUGAGCCAACUGCUAAGGUAAAAACAGAACCUGUUCCCGAAGAAAAGGCAAAAGCAGAACCUCUUCCAAAAGGGAAGACAAAACCAGAAUCUGUUCCCAAAGACAAGGUUGAACCUGAGCCUGCUCCAAAAGAGAAGGUAAAACCUGAACCUGUUCCCAAAGAGAAGGCAACACUAGAACCUGUUCCAAAAGAGAGGGCAAAACCUGAGCCUGCUCCUAAGGUAAAACCAGAACCUGUUACCGAAGAAAAGGCAAAAGCAGAACCUCUUCCAAAAGGGAAGACAAAACCAGAAUCUGUUCCCAAAGACAAGGCUAAACCUGAGCCUGCUCCAAAAGAGAAGGCAAAAACAGAACCUGUUCCAAAAGAGAAGGUAAAACCAGAACCUGUUUCAAAAGAGAAGGGUAAACCUGAGCCUGCUCCAAAAGAAAAGGCGAAACCUGAGCUUGCUCCAAAAGAGAAGGUAAAACCUGAACCUGUUCCCAAAGAGAAGGCAAAACCUGCGCCUGUUCCAAAAGAGGAGGUAAAACCCCAACCUGUUCCAAAAGAGGAGGUAAAACCCCAACCUGUUCCAAAAGAGAUGGCAAAACCUGCUCCUGCUCUAAAAGAGAAGGUAAAACUUGAGCCUGCUUCAAAGGAGAAGGUAAAACCACAACUUGUUCCAAAGGAGAAGGCAAAGCCAGAACCUGUUUCCAAAGAGAAGGUUAAAACUGAACCUGCUCCAAAAGAGAAGGCAAAACCAGAACCUGUUCUCGAAGAGAAGGCAAAACCUGCUCCUGCUCCAAAAGAGAAGGCUAAACCUGAGGCUGCUGCAAAAGAGAAGGUAAAACCUGAGCCUGUUCCAAAAGAGAAGGCAAAGCCAGAACCUGUUCCCAAAGAGAAGGCAAAAGCAGAACCUCUCCCAAAAGAGAAGACAAAACCAGAACCUGCUCCAAAAAAGAAGGUAAAACCUGAGCCUGUUCCAAAAGAGAAGACAAAACCAGAACCUGUUCUCAAAGAAAAGGCUAAACCUGAGCCUGCUUCAAAAGAGAAGGUAAAACCACAACCUGUUCCUAAAGAGAAGGCAAAGCCAGAACUUGUUUCCAAGGAGAAGGUUAAACCUGAACAUGUUACAAUAGAAAAGGCUAAACCAGAACUUCCUCUUAAAGAGAAGGUAAAACCUGAGCCUGUUCCAAAAGAGAAGGCAAAACCAGAACCUGUUUCCAAAGAGAAGGCAAAACCAGAAUCUCUUCCCAAAGAGAAGGCUAAGUCUGAGACUGCUCCAAUUGAGAGGGUAAAACCAGAACCUGUUUCAAAAGAGAAGGCAAAACCUGAGCCUGUUCCAAAAGAGAAGGCAAAACCAGAACCUGCUCCAAAAGGGAAGGUAAAACCCGAGCCUGUUCCAAAAGAGAAGGCAAAGCCAAAACCUGGUUCCAAAGAGAAGACAAAAGCAGAACCUCUUUCAAAAGAGAGGACAAAACCAGAACCUGUUCUCAAAGAAAAGGCUAAACCUGAGCCUGCUUCAAAAGACAAGGUAAAACCACAACUUGUUCCAAAAGAGAAGGCAAAACCAGAACCUGCUCCAAAAAAGACGUUAAAACCAGAACCUGUUUACAAAGAUGAGGCAAAACCAGUACCUGUUUUAAAAGAGAAGGUAAAACCUGAGCCUGCUCCAAAAGAGAAGGCAAAACCUGUGCCUGUUCCAAAAGAGAAGGUAAAACCAAUACCUGUUCCAAAAGAGAAGACAAAAGCAGAACCUGUUACAAAAGAGAAGGCAAAACCAGAACCUGCUUCAAAAGAGAAGGCAAAACCAGAACGUGCUCCAAAAGAGAAGGCAAAACCUAAGCCUGUUCCAAAAGAGAAGGUAAAACCAGUACCUGUUUCCAAAGAGAAGGCAAAAGCAGAACCUCUUCCAAAAGAGAAGGCAAAACCAAAACCUGCUCCAAAAGAGAAGGCAAAACCAGAGCUUGUUCCAAAAGAGAAGGCAAAACUAGAAUCUGUUCCCAAAGAGAAGGCAAUACCAGAACCUGUUCCAAAAGAGAGGGCAAAGCCUGAGGCUGUUCCAAAAGAGAAGGCAAAACCUGAACCUGUUCCCAAAGAGAAGGCAACCCCAGAACCUGUUCCUAAAAAGAAGGCAAAACCAGAACCUGUUUUCAAAGAGAAGGCAACCCCAGAACCUGUUCCUAAAAAGAAGGCAAAACCAGAACCUGUUUUCAAAGAGAAGGCAAAACCAGUACCUGUUCCAAAAGAAAAGGCAAAACCAGAAUCUGUUCUCAAAGAGAAGGCUAAACCAGUACUUUCAAAAGAGAAGGUAAAACCUGAGCCUGUUCCAAAAGAGAAGGCAAAACCAGAACCUGCUCCAAAAGAGAAGGCAAAACCUGUGCCUGUUCCAAAAGAGAAGGUAAAACCUGAACCUGUUCCAAAAGAGAAGGCAAAACCCAAGCUUGCUCAAAAAGAGACGGUAAAACCAGAACCUAUUCCCAAAGAAAAGUCAAAACAAGAACCUGUUCCAAAAGAAAAGGCAAAACCUGAGCCUGUUCCAAAAGAGAAGGUAAAACCAGAACCUGUUCCAAAAGAGAGGGCAAAAUUUGAGCCUGCUCCAAAAGAGAAGGUAAAACAAGAACCUGUUCCUAAAGAAAGGGCAAAAGCAGAACCUGUUCCAAAAGAGAAGGCAAAAGCAGAACCUCUUCCAAAAGAGAAGGCAAAACCAGAAACUGUUCCCAAAGAGAAGGCAAAACCAGAACCUGUUCCAAAAGAGAAGGCAAAACCUGUGCCUGCUCCAAAACAGAAGGUAAAAUCUAUGCCUGCUCAAAAAGAGAAGGCAAAGCCUGAACCUGUUCCAAAAGAGAAGGCAAAACCAGAACCUGUUCUCAAAGAAAAGGCAAAACCUGAACCUGUUCCAAAAGCAGAACCUGUUCUAAAAGAGAAGGCAAAACCUGAGCCUGCUCCAAAAGAGAAGGUAAAACCCGAACCUAUUCCCAAAGAGAAGGCAAAACCAGUACCUGUUCCAAAAGAGAAGGUUAAACCUGUGCCUGCUCCAAAAGAAAGGGCAACACCAGAACCUGUUCCCAAAGAGGAGGCAAAACCAGCACAUGUUCCCAAAGAGAAGGCUAAACCAGUACUUUUAAAAGAGAAGGCGAAGCCUGAGGCUGUUCCAAAAGAGAAGGCAACCCCAGAACCUGUUCCUAAAAAGAAGGCAAAACCAGAACCUGUUUUCAAAGAGAAGGCAACCCCAGAACCUGUUCCUAAAAAGAAGGCAAAACCAGAACCUGUUUUCAAAGAGAAGGCAAAACCAGUACCUGUUCCUAAAAAGAAGGCAAAACCAGAACCUGUUUUCAAAGAGAAGGCAAAACCAGUACCUGUUCCAAAAGAAAAGGCAAAACCAGAACCUGUUCUCAAAGAGAAGGCAAAACCAGUACCUGUUCCAAAAGAAAAGGCAAAACCAGAACCUGUUCUCAAAGAGAAGGCUAAACCAGUACUUUCAAAAGAGAAGGUAAAACCUGAGCCUGUUCCCAAAGAGAAGGCAAAACCAGUACCUGUUUCAAAAGAGAAGGAAAAACCAGAACCUCUUCUUAAAGAAAAGGUAAAACCAGAACCUGUUCCCAAAAAGAAGGCAGAACCUCUUCCUAAAGAAAAGGUAAAACCAGAACCUGUUCCCAAAGAAAAGGCAAAACCAGUACCUGUUUCAAAAGUGAAGGCAAAACCUGAACCUGCUCCAAAGGAGAAGGCAAAACGCAUACCUUCUCUUAGGAAAGAGCCUGAAGUGGCCAAGGAGAAGAUUCCAUUAAAGAAAGAGCCUGAAGUUGCCAAAAAGCCUAUACCAAUCACAGCAAAGAAAGUAACAAAGGAAAAGGCAAAACCUGAACCUGUUCAUAAAAAAGCAGUUGAAGCUGCAAAAGAAAAGGUGAAACCAAUUCCUUCCAAGAGAGAGCCGGAAAUCACUAAAGAAAAACAGAUCCCGGUGGUGUAUCCCAGUUCCAAAGAUAUCGCCAUGGAAGUGGAGCUCCUAAAAGCCAUCAACCAAAAACUGUCCAUUCUGGAUUUGCUGAGGAAAGACAUCGGUGAAAUAAGAACUGAUCUGGAGGUCACUCAAAGCCAAAUCGAUCAAUUAAAGAUGGACAAUCGAACACUUAAAGGUACAUUCAAGGAGAAAGCUAAACCUGCAGUGAUAAAGAAAGGACCUGGACCCAUGAAAGAGAAGCUUAAAAUAUCGACUGUGGUUAAAAGACGUGAGGCUCUAAAAAACAUCACUAAAGCAGCCACUGUGAAGAAAGAGCGGGUGCUCAGGAACAUCACAAGACCAGCAUUUGGAAAGAAAGAAGAACAAGCUCCAAAAGAAAGGGUCAGACUUGAACAUAAAAGAAAAGAAAUUCCAAAAGAGAAAAUCAUCCCAGUGGAGAAGCUUCCAGAAAAAGAAAAACCCACUGAGGUGACAUUACCUAAGGAGAAGGAAACAAAAGAUGAGCCUGAGGUGACCAAGGCUCCUGAACCAGCAGAAGAGGAAGAAGUCCCCUACUUCCAGUGUUUCUACGUGGAUGAAUAUGACAUCCAGUAUCCAUUCUUCCCCUUCUCACCACCUAUCUUAUGAGGGUCACCUGCAACAACUUGGAGUCGGAUGUGAACAUCUGUGACACACAACCUUCAAAGGUUACUGAUACAUGGUUGGUCCUCAAUGUCUCAAAAUUGAGAAGGUCGAGGACAAUUACUGUUUAUUGAGCUGGAUGAGCUUUCAAAAACAGGACACUACAGGCAAUUCCAUUUAAUAUGUGUUUGUUAUAAGAUAUCGUUAUGUUGCAAUAGAUAAGUUAAGUUGUAUCAGUUAACUGCAUAAAGCCUGAACAGCUGAACAGCGUUGUGCUUCCUGUUUCGUGUUUUUUUUCAGUGAAUGUAAGUCUUAAAAGGAAUUUCAGAACUGUGUGUCCAUGAAAGCUCUGACAGACGACUGUGACAGAAAAAGCACCCGUCUGCUCACUGAAAACUUUGCAGACGAGGUUUUAACAACAUAUCUACGAUAGGUACAUUGGUACUCAUGCCUCAUUUUGAUCGAGUGCUGAUUCAGAGCAUUCCACUAUGUUCAAUCAUAAUGAUGGAUGAAAUGUAUUUCCUUUGAUGAUGUAACAAAAACUUUACAGCAAUAAAUGUUAAAGCAGCUACUGAGGAUCUUAAGGAUAGAUAUAUCGACUGUAAAGUUUGUUGGACAUAAUUCUCAUUCUGUGUUCGAUUCGAUACUUUUCAGUACUGUACAUAUACACUGAACUAUUCACAAGAGUGACAACAGUUUCAGUGAUUAUACAGGAUUUUCUGUAAAGUUAUUUGUGUUUAACUUCUGAAUCUAGUCUUUGUAGCUGAAUUUUAUGCUGUUUAUGUCAUCAAAGCUACAAGCACUAACCUCAUCCCCCUACUGACAAAUGUACAACUCUAUAUACAGAUGUGCGAUUAUGGGACCUUGAAAUUUUUUUUUUUCCUUCAUCUUUUAGGGAAAGAUAAUGAAUUCUUAAGAUCAUCCAGUGCCAUGAUUAUUUAUUGAUUGAUUGACAAAACAGCAAAAAUAUGGCAAAUAGUGUUUACAUAAAUAUUAAAAUAGUAUAUGUUGGAAGUAUGAACGCUGAUAAAGAAUUGCACAUCAUGACAUUGGUUUUAACGAAUAAAAUAGGACAAAGUGUACUGUUACAAAAAAAAAAAAAGAUAGGGUGUUGCAGCCCUUAUUAUCAUGAAUUUGAUUACUUUCAUACAACAGCAUGCCCCUGAGAGUUGUAUUAAUUUCAUAUGACAAUGUUAUCAAGAACUUUUUUUGCAUUUAAAUAUUUUUUUAAUUUGCAGUUACAUUUAACCUUCUGAAAUGACCAUGAAACAUUAGGUCUUGUUAUUAUUUAUAUUAUACAGCAGCAGCUAUAAUUAAAAUAAAAAAGUCCUUCCACCUUUCGGACUUUCCUGUGGUGGAAAACCACAAGGUUAAGAUGCAAUUUUACCUCUGAUUUGUCACCGUAGGAAUAAAAACGCAUCAGAAUGAGGUGUGUUGAUGUGAACCUGGCUUGCAGUUAGAAUUACAGUCUGAACUGCUACCAUGGAAAAUUCAUCAACACCUUCUGACCAAUCAGAAGUGAGAACUUGACAGCACUGUGGUGUAUAGAACAUCACCACCUCCAGCCUCUACUGUUGGCUUUCUGGUUAAAACAUGGUAAAGGCUAAUAUCGUCUUGUGCACAGAGUUUAAAACUUACAGGUAUAAGCCUUGAUUCUAAGCUGUCCUUUUGGAUUUGUAUCAUUUUGCACAAAAGAACGACCUACGACACUUUAACUGACCAAAAAACAAUCCUUACUGACUUCACUGCAUGGAUUAUUUUUAGCAUUUUGGGCCAAUUUUCCACAUAUAUUUUUCUGUCAAUAAAUAUUGGUGUUGAUAACCAAUAUUUAGAUCAUUAUUUGACCGGAAACUAAAGAAGACGUCAUGUGUUAAGCCUAAAACGAGUCAGUGUGUUGUAAAUAUGGUCUAAUUUUAAACAAAGACACAAUUUUGUUUAGUUUUUUUAAACAAUCACAGACUAUUUUUAACAUCUCGUAUGCGUACAUCAUUACAACUCACAGAUUUUACCCUAGAGAUAUGGACUGUUGAGAGUAAUGUUUUUUGCAAAAUAUGAUACGUCUGUAAAAGUAUAUAAAGAGUAUAUCAUGUCGAUAAUGACUGAUUAUGAUUUUGGGAUGUUAUUGAACAACAAAAGAUGUUAAUAACGAAUUAUAACUUUUUGGGAAACAAUGACAACAACGGAAAUAAAAAGGGAAGAUAUAUCUAUAUAUUUUUUAAAAGAUAUAUCUUGGUAUAACUGUAUUUUAAAAUACAGUUAAUUUUUAUUAUGUUAUCUAAGUUAAUGUACAGAGUGUUUGAUUUAGAUGAAAGCAUUUUAGAUGAAUAUAGCCUUAGGUUUCUUAAGACAUUUUAUCUUGAUUUAAAACAUGAGAAACACAUAUCAUAGUGUAACAGAUAAUGAGUUGUAAAAUGGUGAAUAUUUUUGGUGCAUAGUUUUUAAUAACUUCAUAAACAGAAACUGGUGUAAAGUGAGCCAUGUUUUGAGAAACUUUACCCCAGUUUGGAGGUUUGGGGAACUAUUGAAAAAUAGCCAUCUGGCUAAUUCUGUUAUAUUUACAGAUAUUUGAAUUAAUGUACAAUGUCCCUGUCAAAUAAACUAACGAAUAAAUAAAAUAUAACUUUCUGUUAUAUGAAACAAUUUUGAUAUAUACAACCUUAUGCCUGUUUUAGCUGGAGGUUGUUUUAUGGAACAUUUAAGUCUAAGAAGGGCCAUAAUGUGUUGUAUAGAGAGGAUAUACUGUACGUUGCAUGAUUACGGCGUGGUGUUCAUCACCAGCUUGGUUUAAAUUGUUCAAAUUCUCUACCAAUACUGUUUGCCAUGUUACAAGUGGCUUCUGCAUUUCUAUUCUUUAUUGUUUAAAUUCUCACGAGAAAUGCAUGAGGUGUGUUUUCUGCUUUGUAUAAAACUGCAGGUUAGUACUGAUCUAAAUUCCUCACUAAUGAAAUGAACUAGUAUGGCAGUUUCCUCUUAUUCUGCUUUUGGAUUUUUCUUGUGCCCAGUGGUUGUCAAAAUGGCAUCCAGGGACCUCCAAAGGGGGAUAAAUUUACAGUUUUUGCUCAACAUCCACUGUCAAUAAAUAUUCAUGAAUUCUCUGA